AUGAACUUCGCUAGAGCAAACUGGGAAGUGAGUGAUACCUGCACAGGUAUGGCAGACCUCAUCACGACUUGGGAGCGAGAGUUGCUGGAACGAUUCUCUGGCCUGACUGCCGCCUCAGACGAAGAGAUCCAUCCACUGGAUGUUACUUCUGAAAGCAGCGACAACAGAACUGGGUUAUUACAUUUAAGUGAUGAGGUCCUGCUUUUUAUAUUGAGGAACUUGGAUCCAAUGUCGCUGCUAAGGCUCGGCAGUACUUGCAGUUUACUCUUCCGAGUUUGUUCCUGCAACUCUCUGUGGACGCAACACUUUCAGGAUUCGUUUGGGGUCAGUCUGUCAUAUACCCAUGCCAGGUGUCCCGUGACGGCCAAAACCGCCUUCCGCAUGGUUUUUAUGUGGAGGUCCCUCUUCAGAAACAUCUACUGUAACCGCACGCUUCAGGAGAAGCUCUUUGUGGAUAUCCCACUUGCGCCGCACAAGUACUGGAUCCAGUGGCUUGUGCUGGAGGAGAGCGUGCCCUUACCCUCAGUGCGACUUCCAUGCAGUGAUGUGGAGAAAUUAUGGGGCGUCACCAGUGAUUUGUUCCAGGACAAACUCCAAGAGAAAACUGAAGAUUGCAACACCAAGUUUGAAUGGAGGGAACUGUAUCAACUUGCCUUGGAGCACCAUGGUAGUCUCUCAAUGGUAUUCCAACAUGUUCUCCGCAAACACCAGAACAAUGACCAUGCAGAGUUGGAGUCCAUGUACCACCAAUACGUCCAGUGCAGGUUUCAAUGGCUCUUCACCUACUGGCUGUUUCGUCAGCCGGCUCCAUACAACAGACAGCUGCGAUCCAUUUUCCUUCACUGGAAGAAGCACAGCAAGAGAAAGGUGGCCACCUGGGGCGAAACCCUGUGUGAUGUGUGGUACCUAGCAUCCCUACACCCCAUCACCAAAGACUACUGGAGAGGCAGAUUGGCCCGGGGAGAUGAGAGUGUGGGGAUUCAGACGGUUGGAAACUACUUCACCAUGUGUAAGUCUCUGGUGUCCUGGGUCUUGGGCUGUGACUGGGGCCGACUGAAGCAAAGAAAGGUUUAUGAAGACACACUGGAUGGUGUCUAUCUUCUGCUGAAACGAGAGAUGCAGGAGACGCUCAUUGAGCAUGAACGCUUCUGGCAGGUGGCCAAAGUACAGAUGACCCGCGUCUGCACGCUGGAGGAUACGGCUUCAAAUUAUGUCAACUGGAAAAUGAUUGAGACUCUCCCCUACUACAAACUUUAUCUGGUGUCUGGCAAUGGUGUGUACCUGGAUCACGUGCAAGGUUUCUUGCAUAGGAAGAUGCUCAUCCGUGAUUGGAUUUACCUUGAGGAAAACACCUGGGCCAGACAAUUGCUCCCUGAUCAGCUCUAUACACUGCUGGAGUUUGACACCAAAAUCUCACAAGCGAGUUUACACGGGGACUCAGUGACUGCUCAGCUGAGUCGACUCAUGUGGCUUUACCUGAACUCUGGUCAGGAGCUCUAUCUGGAGGCGCUGAAGGGAAUGGUUCUACAGUGUGCUCGGGCCAGUCUGAACCAUCUCUCCAGUCUUCACACUACCAGCCUGAGAACUGCGUUUGGCUUAGGCUUGUUUCACUGAACCAAACAUUUUAAAGUGCUUAUAGUAAUAUGCCAAGAUUUUUUUUUUUUUUUUCUUUUUUUAAUGCUCAUUUUUUAAAAUAUUUCACUUUGUGAGCUCUAUUUUUAAAGGAGUUUUUACUGUUUUUAAAAAAUAUAUAUGUAUAUAUGUAUUUUCCCCCUAGCUUUAUCCAAAAUUUAUCAAUUUUUCCCCUAAAGUACAUUUAUUUUUAACAGUUAUAUAUUUUAAGUAUUUUUGCAUAUACUUUAACCUUUUUUUACAGCUUUUGCCACAAGUUAUGAGAAUUGGUAUUAACUACUGCACAUACAGUAGAGGAUGCUUUUAAUCUUGCUGUUCUGGAAUAUUUGUUACGGCUCACCAAGUGAUCAGUUAAGUCACCUUUUUAUGAGCUGCUUUUAUUGUAACUAUCAUGUACAUUUUACUUGGGUUGAUCUGAAAAUCAAGAG